AAAAGAGAGGAAGUGCUAAGCAAAUACAGGAAAUACAGGAACCAAAAAGGGUUAUAGAGGCUGCCUUAUGCUGUCUCAUCCAGUUCCUUUGUGGUCCUCUUCUUCAGCACAUGCCAAAGCUGUUCCUCAUAGCCUGUGAGACAAGAGCAUCUUGGAUGUAGGACAAUGGAAGAGUUAGAUGCCUUAUUAGAGGAACUGGAACGCUCUACCCUUCAGGACAGUGAUGAAUAUUCCAACCCAGCUUCUCUUCCCCCUGAUCAGCAUUCCAGAAAGGAGAGUAACCUUUGCGAGACUUCAGAGAUCCUUUCUGUUCAGGAUAAUACAAGUCCCUUGCCGGCGCAGCUCGUGUAUACUACCAAUAUCGGGGAGCUCAAUGUCUACAGUGAACCCCAAGAGUCAAAGGUGUCACCAUCACCUUCUAAAACCUCAGCAGCUGCUCAGUUGGAUGAGCUCAUGGCUCACCUGAGUGAGAUGCAGGCCAAGGUUGCAGUGAGAGCAGAUGCUGGCAAGAAGCACUUACCAGACAAGGAGGAUCACAAAGCCUCCCUGGACUCAAUGCUUGGGGGUCUGGAGCAGGAAUUGCAGGACCUUGGCAUUGCCACAGUGCCCAAGGGCCAUUGUGCAUCCUGUCAGAAACCGAUUGCUGGGAAGGUGAUCCAUGCUCUAGGGCAAUCAUGGCAUCCUGAGCAUUUUGUCUGUACUCAUUGCAAACAAGAGAUUGGCUCCAGUCCCUUCUUUGAGCGGAGUGGCUUGGCCUACUGCCCCAACGACUACCACCACCUUUUUUCUCCACGCUGUGCUUACUGUGCUGCUCCCAUCCUGGAUAAAGUGCUGACAGCAAUGAACCAGACCUGGCACCCAGAGCACUUUUUCUGCUCUCACUGUGGAGAGGUGUUUGGUGCAGAAGGCUUUCAUGAGAAGGACAAGAAGCCAUAUUGCCGAAAGGAUUUCUUAGCCCUGUUUUCACCCAAGUGUGGUGGCUGCAAUCGCCCAGUGUUGGAAAACUACCUUUCAGCCAUGGACACCGUCUGGCACCCAGAGUGCUUUGUUUGUGGGGACUGCUUCAGCAGUUUUUCUACUGGCUCUUUCUUUGAACUGGAUGGACGUCCAUUCUGUGAGCUCCAUUACCAUCACCGCCGGGGAACUCUCUGCCACGGAUGUGGGCAGCCCAUCACUGGCCGUUGCAUCAGUGCCAUGGGGCACAAGUUCCAUCCUGAGCACUUUGUGUGUGCUUUCUGCCUGACACAGUUGUCAAAGGGUAUUUUCAGGGAGCAGAAUGACAAGACCUAUUGUCAACCCUGCUUCAAUAAGCUCUUCCCACUGUAAUGCCAACUGAUUGACAGCCUCUUCAGGUUCCUUAUAAAAUUUAAACCAAGAGAGGGGAGGAAAGGGUAAAUUUGCUGUUACUGACCUUCUGCUUAAUAGUCUUAUAGAAAAAGGAAAGGUGAUGAGUAAAUAAGAGAACUUCUAGACUUUACAUGACUAUGCUGCUGAUCUUAUUUUUUAGGCUAUAAAUUCUUUUUCUCUCUUUCUUUCUCCAAUCAGGUACUUGGAGUUAGAUCUAGGUCCUUCUAUCUAGUCCCUCUACAGAUGUAUUUUCCACUUGCAUAAUUCAUUCUAAUACUGGUUUUCUUAGGUUUUUCCAUUUUUACCUCUACUGAUGGCCCUACUGAGCUCUUCUCUAAUUUGGUCCUCAUACUUGUUACUUUUCAAGAUUUCCCAUUUCCCUGUGGCUCACUGUCUUACAAUCACUGCUGUGGAAUCAUGAUACCAAUCCUAGCUCUUUGCAUCUUCCUUCAGUGUAUUUUUGUUUUUCAAGAGGAAGUAGAUUUUAACUUGACAACUUUGAGUACUGACAUAAUUGAUAAAUAAAAUGACUUGUGGUUUUAAUAA